AAAAGGAUUAGUUUUAUGGUCAGGAUUGCGUGUCUGAGAGGGUCCAAAGGUACCAGCAGCCUGCUGAGCAUUUCCAACUGAUUUAAGCUGCACGCGGAUUUCUUCAAGGGCAGCUGCGUUUCUGGAAAUCCAGGUAUGGGGGUCUCGGUCCAGCUGACAGCUGUCAUCUUCAUCUUGGUAUUGGUAUCUACACACUAUCUCGCUGCAGGUGAUGGCCAUGAUCCGCUGCUUGUCUUGGAUGGUUAUGAGGAUGAAGGCAUUCGACUCAAAUGUUUCACUGAGAGGUUGUUUUCUGAAGUCCAGGUGUUGUGGACAGAUGGUAGAGGCGGUAGUCUCACUGGGACUCCUCUCAGCACCAACACCAUCACUGCUAAUGCCAGCAGCUCCAUCAUUCUGAAACCAGGAUCUGGAAACACUGUGUCCUGCAAAAUAAUCGAUAAACUGCUGAAAACAUCAACAGAAUCUUCAGUCGUCAUUGCGAAUGUCUUCUUUCCUGCCACCUCCCCUUGGCUGGCAGCUUUUAUCGUGAUCCUGCUCUUGGGCAUAUUCCUGGUUAUCGCGGCAAUUUAUAAACUCAGAAGCAACAGUAAGACAACUACUCGUGAAAGAAAUGCACAAAAGGAAUUUCAAAAAGAGAUAGCGGAUCUCAAAGAUGAACUGGAUGAGGAGCGGGACAGAUUUCAGAAUGAAAAUCAGGAUAUGUUGGACAAAAUUGAAAACGUCCAAAAUGAGCUGGAUUUCAGAAGAGCUCAAAGCAACGCAGUUAAUAUCACUCUGGAUGAGAAUUGCAAACAUCCCAGCCUCGUCAUUAAGGAGAAAAACAGAGUCAUGUCCUCCACGCAGAAGGAGAUCCUGCCCAAAGCAGUGGUGGUAGCUACUAAAGGGUUUUCAGAAAAGAGACAUUACUGGGAAGUGGAGGUGGGGGAUAAAUCAGAGUGGGAGCUGGGUGUCGUGGAUGAGGAAAUUAGAAACACACUGAGGAACACCACAAUAAAUACUUUCCCAAAGGGGAAUUUACUCAGUCUGCGGUUUUCUCAGGGAAAAUACACCUUAACUGGUGGGAAAGGUGAAGGAAAUUUCAAGCCCUGCAGCGUGGUAGGUGUUUUCCUGGAUUGGGAAUCUAGCACGCUGUCAUUCUUUGAUGUUGAAGAAAAGUGCCUUCUUGAGUCUCUCACUUUUGAGCUUUCUGGGAAUCUGUACCCAUUCUUCAGUCCAGGCUCUGACGACAAAUGGUUGGGAGUACGCCCUGUAACACUUAAAAUACAAAUACUCUGUGACAUCCUUCCACAGGGCCAGGAGGAGAUUGAUAAAUUAAUUAUGUGGUGAAUCGCAGAGGACGGGAAAGCAGAGAGGAAACAAACAAACAAACAAAGUAAUAUCAGCUUUUAAAACCAUGGUCAAGAAAGAAAUAGUCUAUGAAGUACUUCUUAGGGAUUCAUCUUGUACUAAGGAACUGAUUUUGUAAAAACCCAGACCUGUCAAAUGUUACAAUUUCAAUUCAUUCUGCCUGGACUAAACAAACAUGGAUUUAUUUCAGUA